GAAGAAACCUACGCAUUGUUUCCUAGACUAUAAAUAAAGGGACACCUGCUGCAUCUACCUCAUCACUCUCCUCUCCAUACCCAAUUACUCUUGUGAAUCAUCACUUACAUUGAUAAACGAUGGCAAUUAAGAUCUACGGUGUCCUACUGUCAACUGCAGUCCAGCGUGUGGCAUUGGUCUGUAACGAGAAAAAUGUCCCAUAUGAAAUAAUCCCGGUCGACAUGAAGAACGGCGCGCACAAAGAGCCAAGUUUCCUCAAAAAUCACCCCUUCGGACAGAUUCCCUACAUUGACGAUGAUGGCUUCAUCCUCUAUGAGUCGCGUGCCAUCGCGCACUAUAUCACAAAACAAUACGCUUCCCAAGGGACUCAAGGUUUGAUCCCGACAGACGUGAAAGAAGAGGCAAUCUAUGAGCAGGCCAUCGCGACUGAACUGUCGCACUUUGACUCGCAAGUGACAGGCCUGGCGAUGGAGAGGGUGUACAAAAAAUACCGUAACUUGGAGUCAGACGAAGCAAAAGUCGCCGAAGUGCUUGCCACCUUUAAUACCAAGUUAGAUGCAUACGAAGUGAUUUUAGGAAAACAAAGAUAUGUCGCAGGCGAUAAUCUAACCCUCGCUGACCUGAAUCACGUCCCGAACGGACACAUGUUGAAGCGAAUGGGAUUCGAUAUCCUUGACUCGGAAACACGUCCUAAUGUCGCAAGAUGGUGGAAAGAUAUCACUUCGAGACCUUCUUGGGUCGCUAUUGUAGCAGACUUGUGAGGAUCUGGAAAAAUACCGGGUGUAAACAUAGCGUUAAGACAAAAGUCAUGUCAAUGAAUAAUAAAAAAUCAAUCGUCCCAUUCCUACUCCAGUU